UAACACUGGAAAAAAGAUACUGUUUGAGACAGUUACCGUAAAAUUUUUAAUAAUCUGGCAAUAACACGUCUGUCGGCAUCUUCAGCUGUCUAAUCCGUUGGAUUUCCAUAACGCCGCUUUCUGGGAGUUUAUUUGUUACAAAAAAAAACAAGUUAUUCGAUUUCCCCCUAAUUUCCAAUAGGUCCAAUAUCUAAAAAUGGCUCAAUUGGUCGUACAAUCUCGAUUUGCCGGUCUGAAGAUCGAGGACGAUGACUACCCUCCCACGGAAAAUCAGAAGUCAAAAAAGUCAAAAGUGAAUAACACUAAGAAGACUGAACCUCCAAAGAAGCAGAAAAAUGUUACAAAUAAACCCCAGCCUGGACCAAAAAAGAAGAAGUCUAAACCACAACAAGUGUCAGCUGAUCAGUGGGAACUAUGGAAACAGAAGGAUGAAGAAAUGGUUGUUGGCCAUUUUGAGGAUGAACUGCAGCAAGCUAUAUUACUAUCAAAGCUUGAUUUUGAAAAGGAGGAAGGAAGAGUAUAUCUGCAAACUAAGGAGAAUGCUGAAUUAGAGGAAACAAUUAAUGAGCUAAGCAAGCAAGAAGCUAAGAAACUAAAGAAAAAGAAUGUCAUGAGCCUGGACCAGUUCAAUGACAUGAUGAAUGCUGGAGAAGAAUUGAAAUUACCACCCCAUGCUAAUGAGAAGUGUGUGCAGGAAGUUCCAAAGUCUCCCAUAAAGGACCCAGGGUUUUUUGACCGAGUAAAAGCUGAGACUAAGAAAGAACUUUUAAAGGAAAAAGUCGUUGAUAAGCCGAGGGCACAGCCACCGAUAAGUAAUGAAGUUAUUACCAGAUUACAAUUCACUGAUGCUUUGGACAGAAAGGAUCAGGAGAUAGCAACACUGAAGGAAGAGGUUGAGAAUCUCAAACAUGAACUGUUCACAGUCAAAUGCAGAAAUAAGAAGUUGUGUAAUAUACUCGGACAGGGAGAGAUGAAAGACAAAGCUGAAGUGUUAAUAGAAGUGGAGCGACUGCGGUCGGUGCAGGCCGAGUUGACCGCAGAGCUGGCCUCGCUACACACGGACCUGGAGAAGGAACGCUCCAAGAACACUGACCCCAGAGCCCAUAAAGACAAGAAAAAUACAACAAAAAAGAAAAAUAUACGGUUCGAUGUUUCGUCAGAAGCUUUAGUAGCAAAAGAUUCAAGUUCCGGUACAGGUUAAUUAAAAGAUUUAUACGUAUUUUUAAUAAAAAUUAAAUGUUAUAAAAACCGAAAUAAACGGGAAAAGAUCUGUGAGAUUUUUAUUAUUUGUAUUAUAGUUUAAGAAUAGGUAUUUGGAUUGUGGUAGUAUCAUAUCCUUUUGACAAAUAUGUAUGACUUUGUUUUGUAAAAAACACAAUUAUUAUGUUAGUAUGUAUGUUUUUCGUACUCUAGGUGUAUAGGAUAAAAAUAAAUGAUACUCAAAUUACCGUUAUUUUAAGACACGUCAAUUUAAGUGAAUAAACAUAUUUUUACGCGGUACUGUGAAGGUUGUUUUGUGUAUUUUUUUCUGCUUCUAUGGAUACCAACAUACCAAAUCACUCUAAUUUUCUAAUUUGUCAAAUUUCUUUUCUAUUGAAAAAGAUUUCUAAUUCUAUUGAAUUAUAAUAAAGUCUGUUUCUAGAUUGAGAUGAGUACCAAAUGUUUCAUUUCUUCAUUAGAAUGUUGAUUCUAUUGACUUUGAAUGAAAGUCUUGAUACUAAUUUAAUUUAGUUGCUUUACUUUCGAAUAGAAUUUUGACUGACGCUUGUGUCUAUUUAUUUAAUAGUACUCGUAUAUUUUGAAAAUAUUUUAAGGACUGCUUUGUAAACAGAGUAGUGGCAAGCACUUGGACGAAAAAUUGGGUCUCGUCUUAAGACUAGCGUAUAUGAUAGACUCACCUUCUGAUUCAUGUUACUAAUAUCACACCAGCUGUCACAUAAGUUUGGAUAUAAUUUAAAUGACUGAUCUCCCUCUUUCCCUCUCGCGAAGUUUUUUGAUUGUGUCCUCCCUAAACAACUUCCUGCCCCUCUUCAAUGGCCCAUCUGAGCCAAGGCUCGAACUCCACGCCCCACAGCGUGUACUCUCAGCAUUUAAAUUUUAAUAUUUUUAUACUGCCUUGGCUUCUACCCUUGGGCUUAGAGGCCAUUGCAGGGAUUAAUCCGGAUAAGAAGUCAAAAGUUUUAGUGUUUUGGUAUAUAAUGAAAUCUCUCCAGUGUUUGUGCCAUUUGGCCUUAUACAACUGGUAAGAAGUAUAAUAUAAUACUUGCGACUCUGCCUACACUACAUUUCAUAUACAGAGGAAUUUGACAAAUUAACAAGCUUCUGUACAAUAUGUAAAUGUUUAUUUAAUUUUGCAAUAUUGUAGAUUUGGUUACACAUUUCAAGUAAUUUUUCUUUCCUACUCGCAUUGGUGUACGUUGUACGUAUAAUAGAUGUUUGUGGUAGCCAGACUAAACUUUAGUACUUGUAAUUAAUUAGACUGCUCAUGUAUUGCUUAGCUCUUAAGUUUCUAGAACAUUCCGAGUUAAAAUUUAUGGCAAUUUUGUGGUAUUGUUGACUAUGAAAUAUCAGUUUCAUAGGGACAGUGUGUGCUAGUAUUAAGUUACCUUUUCUUUAUCAUACCCAAAGUCAAAAUAAUUUGAACGUCAAACUAAUUAAGAUAAAAUAUGCCAGUCUGUCGGUCAGUCAGUCCUCUUAGUGAAGCUCGUUACGAAGUGUUAAUUA